AUGCGAGACUUUUGCACAGUCCUCCAGAAGUUUGGCCAGGUUUUGACCUUACCUGCCGUGCCUGAAGAGGCUCGCAAGGCAGCUCGAGCGGCCGUCGAUUUCUUGAGACCGUAUGCAGACGUGGAGAGGAGUCUCGAGUUCUUGCUGUCCAACGCAGAGGAGGGCCCAGUCCGCCGCUUCGGCCAAGCCGUGCAGCGUGGCCUUCGGGCGGCGCAGUCCGAGGGCGCCAUCCUCGAGGAUGUGGGGGCAGAGCUGCUUCAGUGUUGGCAAGAUGCUGUGGGCAGAUUCGAGCAGAAGUGUCAUGAGAUCUUUGAGCUGCACUUCUACUGCGUCUUCCUCGAGGUCAAGGGCGACCGAGCACUGCUUGACCAGACCUUCCGGUCUUUAGGAGGCCAACUGCAGCUUUCCCGUGGGUCGCUCCUGCUCUGCCUUGAGAGAACCAGGCCUUGGGCUGAGGUGGCCCUGAAGGUUCUCGCGAAAAGGCAGAAGUCGCGCUUGCUGGAAAAGCUCCAUGCUGAUGCGCUGCGCUCCUGGAAGCAGAUGUGGCAGGAUACGCCUCGGCCGCUGGAGACCGGCAAGCUGGGUGCGAAAUUCUGGGACAGCAACUUCAUCCACCUCUACAAGAUUGCUUGGCCGGACUUGGUCGAGGCCUUCGAGAACUUCUACCUUGUCGGCCGCUGUCCGAUGGACUUAGUCCGACGGCUUCGACUGCGAGUGGAUCCUCAGUUCUCCCACCAGGUGACCAAGUUCGCCUGGCAGACGCUUCUGCGGGGCCACAACAGGAUCUCGGAUAUCUUAGACAUGCUCAUCGACGAGGUGAUGCAGGACAUUUCAACCUGCAUCUACAGGUCGAACCCAGCAGACGAUGAGGUCAUCGACCUGGACGAGGUCCCUCUGCCGCCACGUGCCCUCUCGCGUCGUUCGAGUGGCGAGCACGAGGAUGUCGCAGAGACCAGCAGGAGGAGGGCGUCCGGAACCUCUGGGCCAUCGCAGCUGCAGACGCCCACAACGCUGCAGCCGUGGGUACCGUUCGCCCACAGCCCCUCGAACGAUAUCGAUAUGGCGAUCCCUACGCCUAUCGAUGUUCGGCAUCCAGCAGGGGCCGCUGACCGGCCACGUGAGGGACCCCGACGCCGAAGGGUAUGGGAGGAGUACACCAGCGAGCUGUGUGCAAUGCACCGGCCCUGGUGGAACUCCGUGACCGACGAGGUGGACAAUGCGAUGCGGGAGUCUGCCCUGCUCACUGUUGACAGCUGCAUCGCGGCCACGCGAAAAGCUUUGGCCUGCCGUAUCGUCAGCGGUGACUUAGGAAGCGACCAACCCGCGGUGUCUCUGCCCGGCGAGGGCGAGGAAGAGAAGGCGCAGGCAACCCCGAGCUCACCACGAUCAGGGGAGGGUGGAGCCGAUCUGCUCUCGCUGCCGGCGCUGGUGGUGGUGGCAAACGGCACUCGCUUCAGUGGCGUCACAAAGUUCGGCCGCAGCUCGUCCCGGAGGACGCUGGUGCCCGACUUUCCCAUGACGGAGCCUAUCGCCUCGCGUUCGCACUUCAAUGUCGUGCACGACCAGGAGAGCGAUCAGUUCUACAUCAUGGAUGCGGGAUCGAAGUGGGGCACCUUCCUAAAAAUCAGUUCUAGCGCCACGCUGAACUGCGGCGACUGGAUCCGUGUAGGCGCUGCCCUCUGGUGCAGCUUCUCCAGGCUCACCCCGCACUUUCCGGAGAUCCAGGAGGAGGCCAGGGACCCACAGGAAGGCAGCCAAGGUGCUGGGAGUCACCACAGCCUGCGCUGCAGGACGAUGGUGCUACGUGUGAAGGCUCGUUUCCUGAACGAGCAUCUCGUUUGUGAUUGUCAAUUGGCCAAUUGGCUGUACGAGGCUGUACUGGCAAGGUGGAACUCGCUCGAAGCUUUCUCCUUGGACAGGUGCUUCCCGACCAGUGCAGGUGAGAAGGACACGCGGACAGCUGCAGCAGAGCGGAUCGAGGAUGGCGGGUGGCUGUCCACUGCGGUGCGUCACAGCCAGGAGGCAGCUAGCCGGCCACAUGAGGCUUCCUUGGCGCAGGAGGUGGGGAUCCGACAGCGCUGGGAUGCACAAAGGCCGGGCACCUGCAUGCCCAUUGCGCCCUUGGAGCUGGACUUCAUCUCAGGUCCCCGAAUGGGCGAGAAGAUCGUGCUUUGCGAAAGAGUCUGCACACUUGGCCGGGGCGAAGGCAAUACCAUCCAGGUCACAGACUCGCAGCUGACCUCGGUGUCUCGCGUGCACUGCAUCUUCGAGUUCUCCGGUAACCGGUGGCGGAUGCGUGACAACAGCUCGACAAACGGCACCUGGCGGCGCCUGAGUUGCGUUUUGGAGCCCUCGGAGGCCGUGCCGGUGCACGGGCCGAUGUCCAUCCAGGCGCCUUCUUGGAAGUGUUACACCGUUAAGCGUGGCGUAGCGACGUAG